GACGACGAGCAAGUCACCGUGCGAGACGACUUGACGCGUUUGUACGGCGUCUUGCCCGCGGACGUUCGGGACGCGGUGAAGAAUCAUCCGGAACGGAAACAUCUGUUGGAGGUGGUGUUGGAUCUCGGUCGAGCGCCCGAGGCGAGAUUUCUGGGGGAAAUUGGGUCGAUGUUCCUGCGCGAGGCGCCAGUGGUGGAAGCUGAGCUCGUCGCGGCGGCGAAGGCGGUGGGGGAGUUUGGUGGGGAUAACCGAGCGGGCAUCGAAGGCACGUUACAUCGCAUUUCGUGCAUUCGAAACAGGCGUGGUCACAUCGUCGGCAUGACGUGUCGCGUUGGACGAGCUGUGACGGGGCAUAUCGAUAUGAUUCGAGAUAUUUUACCGAGCGGCGAGAGCGUGUUGUUUUUGGGACGUCCGGGUGUCGGAAAGACGACGGUCAUCCGCGAAAUGGCGCGUGUGUUGAGCGAUGAGCUCAAAAAACGCGUGGUGAUCAUCGACACCAGCAACGAGAUCGGCGGUGAUGGCGACAUCCCGCACCCCGCCAUCGGGGGCGCGCGGCGAAUGCAAGUUCCGGAUCCGUCCAUGCAACACCGCGUCAUGAUCGAAGCCGUGGAGAAUCACAUGCCCGAGGUGAUCAUCGUCGAUGAAAUCGGUACCGAAGCCGAAGCGCUGGCGUGUCGAACGAUCGCCGAGCGUGGUGUUCAGCUCAUUGGUACCGCGCACGGGCAGUUGCUGGAGAACUUGAUCAAGAACCCGACGCUGACCGAUUUGGUCGGCGGCGUCCAGACUGUCACGCUCGGCGACGACGAAGCGCGCGCGAGAGGGUGCCAAAAGUCCAUCCUCGAGCGUCAAGGUCCGCCGACGUUUCCAAUUUUGAUCGAAAUGCACGAACGCAACAUGUGGGUCGCGCACAACGUCGCUGAAAGCGUCGAUGAAGUGCUCAGCGGGGCGCGACCAGUCGUGCAGCUUCGCACUCGCGAUGGCGAAGGCGAAGUGACGGUGCAUCGC